CCAACAACUCCCAGUACAUAACUGUCAAGUUAAAAAAUAAAUUCGAAUUACACAAGGGCGGGCGAAAAAACAUUAGAAAACCAGGCAAUAAAUUUGAAGAAGUCCCUUUUGAAUUAGCAAAAUCCAAUCGCCAUGUCGACGCACCGCUCAUCCCGCGUCCGGCACUCCGAUCAAGUCGAGACCCUCAAGAACAUGGUCGACUUGUGUCGUCGUCGGUCCUAUGCAGGGGAUGUCGUUAACGACGAAGAGGAGGAUCCCCGCCGGCGGGGUAUCCUCCGGAACACCAGCUGCCGGCGGCACCGGGAACGUCUUCGUUCCACCCGCCAGACCCACAUCCUCCAGGGCCUGACCGUCCUGGCAGCCGCAGUCAUUAUCCUGGCCCUGUUGCUGUUUCUGGCGCUGGAGAUGGCCCAGAACUCAGUGGAGUCCGAACCAGGCCAGGUGGUAAGGAAGCAGCAGCCGCAGCCGGAGAAGAGCUCUUGGCUAGAUAUCCUCGGAUUUUUGGGCUUUGAGACGCAGUCAGAGCUGCAGCACAAGGACCAGAAUCGCUCGGGAAAAGACUCUUGUAGUCCACAGGCCAUGGACCUGGAACGCAUCUUCCGCCAGGUGGCCCGGCAGGUGCUCAACCAGGAGCAGGCCCUGGCCCGGAUGGAGCGGGCCCUGGCCGGGAGUAGUCGCUUCCGUUCGGUGGCCCUGGUGGGCCCCCCGGGCGUGGGCAAGACCCUGGCCGCCACCGUCCUGCGACAGGAGUUCCCCUGGCCGGCCAACGUCCAUGCCUAUUCGUGGAGCACCCAGAUGGCGGACGAGGUGGGCAAGUUCCGGAUGCUGCGACAGUUCGUCGACGGACUCUCCGACUGCGGCGCCAACCUGCUGAUCAUCGACAACCUGACCACCUGCGACCACGGCCUGGUGCCCAUCUUCAACAAGCUGAUCCUGGAGCGCGAGGGUGAGCUGGGCAAGCGGCAGUGGGACAACCAAACCGUCCUGGUGGUGUACGUUAUCAAUGUGGAGGCGGAUCAGUACUGGGAGCAGUAUGAGCUCUUGCAGCAGCUCGAAUCGGACACGACCAUCGUCAGUUUCCGGUUCUUUGCCACCGACGAUGUGCUCGACUGUCUGGAUCGGGAGCUGAAGGUUCAGCAGCUCAUCCUGAGCCCCGAAAACCAGGCCAUGAUUCUCGAGGAUGCGGUAGCCAAUGUCUUCGACAGGGGCUGCAAGGACUUGAGGCUGCAGAUCCUUCGGAACGGAGUGCCCGAUCUCUAAAUUGGUGACCAGAUUCCAAGAACACUAAACUGUUUGGCCAAGUGUUGUGGUAAUAUGUAUGUAUUUAUUGUUCAAAAUCAGAUAUUAGUAAAAAAUCGGAUUAUAAACAAGUCAAA